CCUGGGGGAAGCUAGUGCGCACGCGCAGUGGCUUUCAUUGACAGGACCAGGCCCUGCUGGACGGCCGCGCCUGCGUCCCUUCUCCUCAGAGCCCCGCUUGAGGCGGAGUCGCGUUGACUGACCAGAGUCCGCGAUCCCCGCUUCCCUUAACCCCCUCAGCUUUAUCCCUCUGAGGACCAUCCUUUGGCCAGAAUGGCUCUUCACCAGUUCUUACUAGAGCCAAUAACCUGUCAUGCCUGGAAUCGAGACCGAACUCAGAUUGCCAUCAGCCCGAAUAACCAUGAAGUCCACAUCUAUAAGAAGAACAGUAACCAAUGGGUCAAGGCCCAUGAGCUGAAAGAACACAAUGGGCACAUCACAGGGAUUGACUGGGCCCCCAAGAGCGAUCGCAUCGUCACCUGUGGUGCCGACCGCAACGCUUACGUCUGGAGCCAAAAGGAUGGAGUGUGGAAGCCGACUCUGGUCAUCCUGCGGAUCAACCGUGCGGCCACAUUUGUGAAGUGGUCCCCUCUGGAGAACAAGUUCGCCGUGGGGAGCGGGGCUCGCCUCAUCUCCGUCUGCUACUUUGAAUCGGAAAAUGACUGGUGGGUGAGCAAGCACAUUAAGAAGCCCAUUCGCUCCACCGUCCUCAGUCUCGACUGGCAUCCCAAUAACGUCUUGCUGGCGGCUGGCUCCUGUGACUUCAAGUGCAGAGUGUUUUCAGCCUACAUUAAGGAGGUUGACGAGAAACCGGCAAGCACCCCCUGGGGCUCAAAAAUGCCAUUUGGGCAGCUGAUGGCAGAAUUUGGGGGCGCCGGGAGUGGCGGAUGGGUGCACAGCGUCAGUUUUUCCGCCAGUGGCAACCGCCUCGCCUGGGUCAGCCAUGACAGUACUGUAUCAGUUGCGGACGCUUCCAAAAACAUGAUGGUCUCACAACUGAAAACGGAGUUCCUCCCGCUCCUGAGUGUGACGUUCGUUUCGGAGAACAGUGUGGUAGCCGCUGGCCACGAUUGCUGCCCCAUGCUCUUCAACUGUGAUGACCACGGCUCCCUCGCCUUUGUCUCCAAGCUGGACAUUCCGAAGCAGAGCAUCCAGCGCAACAUUUCCGCCAUGGAGCGCUUCCGCAACAUGGACAAGAGGGCCACAACCGAGGACCGCAACACCUCGAUGGAGACCUUGCACCAGAACAGCAUCACCCAAGUGUCUAUUUACGAGGUGGACAAGCGUGAUUGCCACAAGUUCUGCACCACCGGCAUCGACGGAGCCAUGACCAUCUGGGACUUCAAGUCACUUGAGUCCUGUAUCCAAGGCCUGCGGAUCAUGUAAAGAAGCCUCCUCGUUCUCUAGCAAGACAGCUCGCUCCGGCACCUGCACAGACUUGAAAAGGGACGUUGACAACGGGUCGCUUCAAAGCACUGAGAAAUUGAAGGCUUGGUGGAUUUUUUUGUUUUUGCCUCUUUUCCAACCCCCCCCCCCCUCCCCGUUUGGUGAAAUGUGUUUGGUUUGCAAAAUCAGCUGUGAUUAUGGUAUAUAUUUGGGGUUUUUUAUUAUUAUUGUUAUUACUGGUUGUUUCAUUCCGUUCUUUGCCAAAGCUGCUCCUUAAAAUAGUUUAUUGCAGGAAGUGUGAAUCACUAACUUAAGAGGGGGAUUUUGUGUAAACUGUCUGCUAGAAGAUUAAAAAACAAACCAACUCACAA